AUGUUGGGUCACACACUCUCGAGACUCAAAGUCAAAGACGACUCUCCACAAAUUGGCGCCUUUGUGAACGACGCCGCCACCGCCGCCGCGGGAAGCGCCGUGUGUUUCUAUUCGCCCGCGCGACAAACUCUUUGUCUUUCGACGCCUUCACAAUACGUCACAGCGCAUAGAUACCACCCCGCAUCGAGGUACAGAAGGAACUGGCAGAAAACCGUCGACGGCGUGCGCGCGUCGCACGUGGUCUCAAAAGAAGGCGGAGCCAUCAGGCGCCCGGUAUCACCAUUGGGCAAAAGCUUCCUU